CACAAACAGCUGAUCCUCCUGCUCGUCCCAAUCCUGUUAUUGCCGCUCCUCUUCACUCUCCCGGAGAAGGAGGGAAAAUGUCUUUAUGUGGUGAUGCUGAUGGCUAUGUUUUGGUGCACAGAGGCCCUUCCUCUGGCCGUCACUGCGAUGCUUCCGGUCUGCCUCUUCCCAACACUGGGAAUUCUUCCAUCCAAAAUAGUCUGCCCUCAGUACUUCCUCGAAACCAAUUUUCUCUUCCUCAGUGGUCUAGUGAUGGCGUCGUCCAUCGAGGACUGCGGUCUGCAUCGCAGAAUCGCUCUGAAGGUCCUCACUAUCGUCGGAGUAAAACCAGCCUGGCUCAUACUGGGAAUGAUGCUGACCACGUCCUUCCUGUCCAUGUGGCUCAGCAACACCGCCACCACAGCCAUGAUGCUCCCUAUUGCUAAUGCCAUCCUGGAGAGUUUGUUCGGAGACUUGGAGACCCUGAAAGAGAACUCCAAGACCACAGGGAACAUUGAGGGUGAUAUAAUAAAUGGUCCUUCUCCUGUAAAGCUGCAUUCACUGCCCUCAGUGCCGUCCGAAAAACAAAUGCUGUCAAUAGACGGGACGGAUGGGAUCGAGCAGAGCGACACGAGGACGGCUGAGGAGAUCCGAUCGGAGUCUGAGUACCAGCUGAAAGUGUGGAAAGGAUUCUUGAUCUGUAUCCCUUACGCAGCGAGUAUCGGAGGGACCGCCACGCUGACGGGCACCGCGCCCAACCUCAUCCUGAUCGGACAGCUGAAAAACUACUUUCCAGACUGCGACCUCAUCAACUUCGGCUCUUGGUUUGCGUUCGCUUUCCCGCUCAUGCUUAUGUUCCUGUUUUUGGGAUGGAUCUGGAUCGCAUUUCUUCACGGGGGAUUGAAUUCACGAUUGUGCUUCACGAAACACGACCGGAGAGCCCAGGCCGAGGCCAAAGCACAGGCUCUAAUGGAGGAAGAUUACAGAAAACUAGGGCCCAUAAAUUUUGCAGAGGGAUCUAUCACUUUCUUUUUUGUAUUGUUUGCUGUUCUGCUUUUCACGAGAGAUCCCAAAUUUUUCCCCGGCUGGUCUAUGUUUUUUGUUAAAGGGUACGUCUCAGACGCAGUCACUGGGAUGAUCAUCGUGUCCAUGUUGUUCUUCUUCCCGUCGCAGAGACCUUCUCUGAGCUGGUGGUUUGACCCUCACGCAUCAAAUACUCCUUAUGUGCCUCUCUUAUCAUGGAAGAAAGCUCAGGACUCUGUGCCAUGGAAUAUUAUUCUGUUGCUCGGGGGCGGCUUCGCUAUGGCUAAAGCUUGUGAGGAGUCCGGCCUCGCCACAUGGAUUGGGGGCCACCUCCAGCCGUUGGGCGAGGUCCCUCCUGCUGCAGCUGUGAUGUUGAUCACUGCUUUCCUGGCCUGUUUCACUGAGUUCGCUAGCAACACUGCCACAAUUAUCAUAUUUUUACCCGUCAUUGCUGAACUGGCUAUUCUCAUCUCAGUGAACCCUCUGUACUUCAUGAUACCUGCAACAAUAGGAUGUUCAUACGCCUUCAUGCUGCCAGUGUCCACACCACCCAACGCCAUUGCCUUUGCAUCAGGACAUCUCAUGGUCAAAGACAUGGUGAAAACUGGCAUUGUGAUGAACAUCCUGGGCAUCCUCUGUGUCACUCUGGCCAUAAACACGUGGGGCGUGGCCAUGUUUGACUUGAACUCGUAUCCAGAAUGGGCCAACCCCAUGAACAAGUCUGCUGGUGUUACUGACGUGCACCUAUCACUUGUCCAGUCACUCAACGCUACGCUCUGAUUACACAUCCAAAGAGUAUCAGAAGACGACACAAAAAUGUAACACUAAACAGAGACAUACACUACCGUUCAAAAGUUUGGGGUCAUCCAGACAAUUUUGUGUCUUCCAUGAAAACUCACUUUUAUUUAUCAAAUGAAUUGAACAUUGAAUAGAAAAUAUAGUCAAGACAUUGACAAGGUUAGAAAUAAUGAUUAAUAUUUGAAGGAUUAAUUUUGUUCUUCAAACUUCAAGCUCAAAGGAAGGCCAGUUGUAUAGCUUAUAUCACCAGCAUAACUGUUUUCAGCUGUGCUAACAUAAUUGCACAAGAGUCUUCUAAGGCGAUUAGCAAACACAAUGUACCAUUAGAACACUGGAGUGAUAGUUGAUGGAAAUGGGCCUCUAUACACCUAUGGAGAUAUUUCAUUAGAAACCAGACGUUUCCACCUAUAGUCAUUUACCACAUUAACAAUGUAUAGUGUGUAUUUCUGAUUAAUGUUAUCUUUAUUGAAAAAACAGUGCUUUUCUUUGAAAAAUAAAGACAUUUCUAAGUGACCACAAACUUUUGAACGGUAGCGUAAGUCUGUCUGUAGACGUCUGGGAGCUUCAGCUGUUACCUGCUAUGAUGCAUUGAUUAAGUUUGUGACACUCAAGUAUCAGGAUUUCCUCCUGAGAACUGGUAUUUUUAGCACACAAGUUUUAAAUUGUAGUAAAAUGGUGCAAGAAAAGAAAAUCCUAAAAAAGAGGCAUUUAAUCUCAACAACAGCCGGAGUCGGUUCUAUAUUUUAAAACACCAGUCAGACUGCAGUGUGUUUGUAUUGAUGCUUGGCUCACCUCUGCUUGAAGAAUGAAAUAUACCUCUGGGAAUAAUUAUGGUCAAAUAUAUAUUUGAUAUAAAUAUCUUAUUAUUAUUUGUCAUGCGCAGUCCAGGUUGUCGCAACGAGAGAGGACCCAAACGCCGACAUUAUUGCACAAAAACAAUCUUUACUCCAAGAAACCAGAACAGGACGACAAAACACACGGACCAAACAGUACGAAGCCACACUGGGAAUGAGACGAACAGGGUUUACAUACACAGGCAAGGUGAGAGGAUUGGACAACGGGGAACGAGACACAGGUGGACACAAUGAGGGCGGGGCCAGCAAUCACAGAAGGAAACAAUCAGGGCCAGGGCAGACACUCACAGGGAGACAGACGACACAAGGACUUCCAAACAAGACACAAAACUAACACAAACUCCAGAUCAUGACAGUACCCCCCCCUCAAGGGACGAAUUCCAGACGGCCAAGCGUUCCACAAGGGUGGGUGGAGGGGAGCCGGAGGAGGGUCCAAGGCUGCAGAAGCAGUC